AUGGCGCCCGCUGUGCCGAUGUCGCGAUUUGAGCCAGAGGAGAGCCUGAAGGACCGCUACGACGCCAUGAGCAAGAGGCUCGAGGACGGUGGCGGCGCCUGCCUGCGGGGCAGGAUCGGCGGCGGCGGCGGCAGCGGUGACUUCGCGGUCGCGCCAACCAUGACUGUGGUGUACGGCCACCUUGACGAUCCUGAGAACCAGGAGAUCGUGCGGGGCGUCAGCUACCUCAAGCUGCGGCCCGACCGCGUGGCUAUGCAGGACGCGACCGCCCAGAUGGCGAUGCUGCAGUUCAUCAGCUCCGGGCUGCCCAAGACGCUGGUGCCCUCCACCAUCCACUGCGACCACCUCAUUGAGGGCACCACCUCGCCACAGGCAGACAGGAACAACGGCUUCGGCGCUGACGCGGACUUGACCCUGGCCAAGGCCGCCAACCGCGAGGUCUACAACUUCCUGGCCACGUCUGGCGCCAAGUACGGCGUGGGCUUCUGGAAGCCGGGCAGCGGCAUCAUCCACCAGAUCGUGCUGGAGAACUACGCCUUCCCGGGCGGCAUGAUGAUCGGGACAGACAGGUGGGCGCGCCUGAGAGGGGCCGGGCAGCGCUUUUUGGGGGGAGGGGUGGGGAGACGUCGGGGCUUGUGCCCUGUGUGGUGA